CGAGACCAUACUACUAGGGGUCACCGUGGUAAUCGUCUAAACCCACGACGCAUGCAUGCACGGACGCACCUCAACGGUCGAGACGCCCCGACGCCUCCUAUCCGACGGCGGAGAAAACACGCGUGAGGGGGCGUGCGACUCGCCACGUUAUAUUUCGUCCGCCUUGCUCCGCCUCCGGCGCACCAUUUUCGUCAGCUCCUGGCGCCCGGUGGCUCGCCGGCGCAAAUUAAGUAAUUAACCCGAACUCCCUGGCAUUCUCCGCGGGCCUGUAGUCUUGUAGCCUAUCGCUUGCUUCGCCGUAGCACUUGCUUAAUUAGGGCGGUGUUCGAGAGGUGGGUGUGGUGGUGUACUAGUAGUACUACUCGCCUCGCCUCGCCUCGAGGGUUUGACUGGCGGAGGCAGGAGCGGGGAGUAGCUGCGGCGGUCCGGGAGCGCAUGGGGAACGCGAGCGCCAAGGAGGGGGAGAACGGCCACAUGGCGGCGUCUCCGGAGCCGGCGGCUCCCAACGGCGGCGGAGGAAGCAGCAGCUCGGCGGGUGGCGCCGCCGCGCGACCGCCACCGUUGUCGCCGCCGGACGACGUGAUGCUGGAGCGUCCACCGCCCGUGCCCUAUCUCUUCGUGCCGCAGGUUCCAGAGACUCCACUGCACAGACCUACUGAGCUCUCUCCUCUUCUCAACCAUUCACCAGUAAACGAAUCCACCGACCACCACUCCCAGGAGCAGGGUAUUCCGACUUUGAUUACAUGGAGCCAAGGAGGAGAUGAGGUGUUCCUGGAAGGAUCGUGGGAUAACUGGACAUCGAGGAGGGCACUUGAGAGAUCUGGAAAAGAUCACGCCGUCUUGUUGGUUCUGCCAUCCGGAGUCUACCAUUACCGGAUCAUCGUGGACGGGGAGCUGAGGUACAUCCCUGAACUACCUCACGCAGCUGACGAAAGAGGGCGAGUGGCCAACGUCCUCGAUGUCCAUGACUACGUGCCAGAAAGCCUCGACAGCGUAGCCGAGUUCGAAGCGCCCCCGUCUCCCGUGCACAGCUACGACCUGCAUUGCCCGGGCGACGAGGAGUUCGCCAAGGAGCCGCCCACGCUCCCGCCCCAGCUUCUCGUGUCCGUCCUCGGGGGGGACGUCGAUAGCGCUGGCCAUGGCAAUCAAGCUUUGAAGCCACAGCACGUCGUCCUCGACCACCUGUUCAUCGAGAAAGGGUGGGGGUCGCAGUCGCUGCUCGCCCUCGGCGUCACCCACCGGUUUGAGUCCAAGUACGUGAGCUUUGUGCUCUACAAGCCGUUGGAGAGGUGAUGGUGGUACUGUCUACUAGCUGUGUGUGAGUGGAAGAACAGAGUGGACUGCUGGAGGUGAAUAAUGUGUGUGUGUGCCCUUGUAUAGAAGGGAAAUGCAUGCAGGAGCUUGUAGCUGUAGCUGAUCUUUUAUUUUAUUUUUUUAUUUU